AUGGGGCUCCUCCACACAGAUGGACCGUCUCGACCGAGCCCAGAACAAGGCGCUGAGACGCGUAACUGCUCUGCAGUUGUAGUCACGACAGGUGACCCCCGCGAGCCAGAGGUGGUACAGGAGAUCAAGAUCAGAGGACGCACCCUAACCUCCUCUUACGAAGAAGAGCGAGAAGCCCUGCAGGAAGCAGCGAAGUGGAUCGAGACGAAUACGAGAGCAGUGGACAACAAGGUUAUGAUUUGCACAGACAGUCAAUCUCUAGUUGAGGCCAUUUCGAACAGCUCCAAGGACACCGAGAACAUCAGGUCCUCCCUUAACCGUGCUGGAGCGUACACGAUCAUCCAAUGGGUACCCCGACACGUCUCCAUACCCGGCAACGAAAUGGCAGAUAAAUUGGCAAACGAGGCGGCCAAUUCCAGAGAAGAAGAACCGAAAAUGGUCUCACUGAGUCGCGCCGAAUCCUGCAUCAAGAGGACCAUGAAAGACGGAGACCCCUCUCAUCACAGGAUAGCGGCCGUGUAUUCCAACCAUUCCAGAGCGAGAGACAAGAAGGCUAUCAAAACGAGGAAGGACGCUGUUCUGCUAGCAAGACUACGGUCAGGCCACUGCAUGGCUUCUCAACGUACAAGAACCUGA